AUGGCGGAUUUCACGGCUCCCUCCUGCGGACCUUCCCGCAAGGGACAUCGGCGUUCGGCAAGUGCGACGGUGGACAUGCCGCAGUCCUUGGGCCUUGAGCUUCGGCAUCGCGAUGCCGCACGGGCAAGGGCUGCGGACAUCGUCGACCAGUGGUUGGCGAGGCGCGGCCCGGCCACCCGGCGCCCAUCUGCCCCGGCUGCGUCUGUCGCCGAUGUUCCGGUCCCUUCGGGAGAGGUCCCAAAUGAUCUCCCCCUGACAACUCCAGCUCCCGCGGCACUGCAGCCCACGGAUACCUUCGAGCCAGUCGCGGUGGAGCUCCCUGUGACCUCCGACGAGGAGGUCAUGGACGAGUCAACCUCUCGGAAGCGUGGCCGAGACAGCGAGGACGAGGAGGAGGUUUUCAAGCAGUCAAAGGGCCUCGGUGCCCUUCCGGACUCAAAGAGGAAGCCUUUGACUCCUCCAUCCGGCUCUGCUGCUGGCGAACGAGCUCCAGAUGCAGCGACGGCGGCGACCGGCGCAGUGGAGCCUGCAGCUUCCACCCCUACUGCAGAAAAAACCGCAUCAACAGCUGUUCCUGGGAAGCCGGCUACUACCCCCACCGGAGUUACUGCUUCCCUGGAGACGGCAGAACCUCGCCAGCUUGAGCCUCACCGCAAGGUGCCGCAACAUACUGCAGCUGACUUCCUGAAAAGGAAUCGGCGGCCAGCCACAAACGUUGCAACGAAAAAGCAGAAGAAAAAGAAAACAGCUAGGGCCAAGCAUCCCCCACCGGCUGGCGCACCCCUUGCUGGUUCCAGCUCUUUGCAGGACGCCUCUCCGUCUACACCUACAUCCCCCCCACAGCAGGCUGACCCCAGACAGCCGACGCCUGAGGCCAUGACUAGCCGGGCGAGGGCCCACGAGCCUGCUGGCAGCACCCCUGAGGUUACUGAUGACUUCAGCGUGGUGAUGUCGCGCGCCGCCCGCCGUCGCACCAGAGCCACCGUGGCCCUGGCCUCAGAUCCUUCCGUGGCAGGAACGGUCUUGUUCCGGCCCUCCGAGAAGGGCGGCUCCUUCGCGAAGGAAUCGCGCCUUGCACUGGCUAGUGCACUAUCGUCUCUCCAAGGAGUGAGUGCGGUGCGCGUAAACGCGAAAAGAAAUGUGGUUGCCGCGGACGCAGUGAUGCAGAGCUGCCUCGAUGUGCUGCUGGCUAUCACCGAACUCCGUGGCAUCCCCGUUGCGGCCUGCUUACCCGCGGAUCGCACGCGGAGCACAGGGUUUGUUCACGGAGAUGAUGGAACGCACAGCGAGGCUGAGCUACUGGAGGGCAUCCGGAGCAGCAUUCCCGUCCUUGCUGCCACCCGACGGGAGAGCACGGUAGUCCUCCGGUUCGCCGGCCCGCUGCCUCCUGAAAGCGUCAGCAUUUUCAAGCUCCGCUUUGCUGUGCGGCCUGCCCGCCCCCGUCCGCUCCAGUGCCAGCAGUGUGGACGCCUCGGCCACGUGGCAGCCACAUGCAAAUGGCCCAACAGCUGCAAGAACUGCAGCCGCACACACCCGGCUACAGAAUUCUGCAGCAACCAGGCCCGCUGCACCAACUGUGGAGGCAACCACCCUGCCUGUACUCCCGCCUGCCCCAGAUGGCAGGAGGAACGCAAGGUGGCGACCAUUCUGGCGACUUCCUCAGUCCCACUGUCCAGGCACGCAGUCCGGACGAUGGUACGGGAGGGCACCCCUGCAGCCAAGCCUGCCGGCACCUAUGCUAAAGUUGCUGCUGGCCCCCGGAGACCAGCCCCCCCGGCACUCCAGUCUGCCGCGGCCCCCUCUAAGCAGCCUUCCACCCCUGCUGCUCGACCAACAGCCAAUGCAGCACAGCCCUUGGCGACUCCUGCCGCUGACCCGAGGGACGCCAUCAUCGCCUCCUUGCAGCUCACUCUCCGAGCAGUGGGUGAGCUCCUCCCAGCGGACAGCCCGCUGAAAACCCUCUGCCUCCAGGCUGGGGGACUGCAGGGAGACAAGAACCACCAUGGCUAG